CGGGCCGGCGGCUCGAGGGCAGGUGGUGCCACUUCAUAAACUCAGGUGCCAAAGAACUUCGGAGCUCACCCAGGUCUCCCCUUCUCUCUUUUGCAGGUGACUCGACGAGGGCCUCCGCCUUGGAGCCGCUGGAGAAGAGCCUCCCUUGCAGAAUUCCAGCUGUCCUCGCCCCCCUUUGCAGUUUGGGGCCCCUUUAUCCUCUGUACCUGUUUUUUUAAAAUUUCUUUUUUUCUUCCUCUUCUCUUUGCUAAACUACCACUCAAAAGAUUUUUUUUAAAAAAAAUCUCAUUUGCUCAUCUUUCCUUCCCACCUUUCCCAUUCCCAUACUGAAAACAAAUCAUUAAACGAGUCCUGCUCCUCCGACGGCAAGCUCACCUGCAGAUCCUCGGAGCCCCCACCCCCUGACCGCCCAGACCGAUCGCCCUCCCUCUCCACCCGCGGGUUCCGGGCCCGGCGAGAGGGCGCGAGCGCAGCCGGGGCCAUGGAGGUGACGGCAGACCAGCCGCGCUGGGUGAGCCACCACCACCCUGCGGUCCUCAACGGGCAGCACCCAGACACGCACCACCCGGGCCUCAGCCACUCCUACAUGGACCCAGCGCAGUACCCCCUGCCCGAGGAGGUGGAUGUACUUUUUAACAUCGACGGUCAAGGCAACCACGUCCCGCCCUACUACGGAAACUCGGUGACCACGGUGCAGAGGUACCCGCCGACCCACCACGGGAGCCAGGUGUGUCGCCCACCGCUGCUGCACGGAUCCCUGCCCUGGCUGGACGGUGGCAAAGCCCUGGGCAGCCACCACACCGCUUCGCCCUGGAACCUCAGCCCCUUCUCCAAGACGUCCAUCCACCACGGCUCCCCGGGGCCUCUCUCGGUCUAUCCCCCAGCCUCGUCCUCCUCCCUGUCGGCGGGCCACUCCAGCCCGCACCUCUUCACUUUUCCGCCCACCCCGCCGAAGGACGUCUCCCCGGACCCGUCCCUGUCCACGCCCGGCUCGGCGGGCUCAGGCCGGCAGGAUGAGAAGGAAUGUAUCAAGUACCAGGUGCCGCUGCCCGACAGCAUGAAGCUGGAGUCUUCACACUCGCGGGGCAGCAUGACCACCCUGGGAGGGGCAGCAUCCUCGGCGCACCACCCCAUCACCACCUACCCGCCCUACGUCCCAGAAUACAGCUCCGGACUCUUCCCUCCUAGCACCCUGCUCGGGGGCUCUCCCACCGGCUUUGGGUGCAAGUCGAGGCCCAAGGCGAGAUCCAGCACAGAAGGCAGGGAGUGUGUGAACUGCGGGGCGACCUCUACCCCACUGUGGCGACGAGAUGGCACUGGGCACUACCUGUGCAACGCCUGUGGGCUCUACCACAAGAUGAACGGACAGAACCGACCCCUGAUUAAGCCCAAGCGAAGGCUGUCGGCAGCAAGAAGGGCAGGAACGUCCUGUGCAAACUGUCAAACCACCACUACCACGCUCUGGAGAAGGAAUGCCAACGGGGACCCUGUCUGCAACGCCUGCGGGCUCUACUACAAGCUGCACAAUAUUAACAGACCCCUGACUAUGAAGAAGGAAGGCAUCCAGACCAGAAACCGAAAAAUGUCUAGCAAAUCCAAAAAGUGCAAAAAGGUACAUGACACGCUGGAGGACUUCCCCAAGAGCAGCUCCUUCAACCCAGCCGCCCUCUCCAGACACAUGUCCUCCCUCAGCCACAUUUCGCCCUUCAGCCACUCCAGCCACAUGCUGACCACUCCGACGCCGAUGCACCCGCCGUCCAGCCUCUCCUUUGGACCUCACCACCCUUCCAGUAUGGUCACCGCCAUGGGUUAGAUUCUCGGCUCGAUGCUCAAAGGCCUCCAGGCAAGAGUGCCUCCAGCCCCCUCUACGUGCAUUUUUGCAGGAGUCUAUCAUGAAACCGAGAACCGAUGGAUAUCUGUUUGUUCUGAAGGCAGAAGGCAAAAUGUUUGCCACUUUUGCCGAGGAGCUCACUGUGGCGUCUGCGUUCCCAAUCACCGAAUCUGGAUCCCAUUUGUGAAUAAGCCAUUCAGACUCAUGUUCCCUAUUUAACAGGGUCUCUCUAGUGCUGUGAAAAAAAAAAAUGCUGAACAUUGCAUAUAACUUAUAAUGUAAGAAAUACUGUACAUUUGAAGAAGACUUUAUUGCAUCUGGGUAGCGGUAAGGAAGGCACAAAGGAUGCCAAGAAUUUUAAGGAAGAUGGGGGAAACCAAGUAUGGAAAUUAAGAAGAAACUAGGUCUGAUGUCCAAAUGGACAAACGGCCAGUUUUGUUUCCCUUCACUGGCCACAGGUGCUUGAUGCAUUUAAAAAAAAAAAAAAGAAAAAAAGAAAAAAAAAAGAACAAAAAAAAAAGUCGUAGGCGAAUCAUUUGUUCAAAGCUGUGGGCCUCUGCUUAGGAAAUUGUAUCAGUUCGGGCAAUCCGUGUUAACACUCACAUUUUGCCAUCGAGGGUUUCAGAUAGCCUUUUCCCAGGCCUACAUGCUGCGUGAUCCAGUCCCUGUAAUUGUUGUUUGUAUGUAUAAUUCAAAGCACCAAAAUAAGAAAAGAUGUAGAUUUAUUUCAUCAUAUUAUACAGACUGAAUCGUUGUACAAAUUUAUUUACUGCUAGUGUUAAGAUCUGCUUUUUUUUUUGUUUAAUAUUUUUCUUCUCUCUCAAUUUUUGGUUGAAUAAACUAGAUAAUAUUCAAUUGACCUGAGGUGAUUGUGCUCCAGAGGGCUUCUUUUCCCUUUUGUUUUUUGAUGAUAUUUAUUAAAUAGCUUCUAAGGGUACAGCAGCAUCUGUCGUUUCACUCACUCCUCCCGCAGCCUGUGCUAUGAGGGUAGCAGUGUAUGAGCUACCGACAUGCAUGUCAGCGCCUUAGGCCGGACAGCCCUGGUCCGGGGAGCAGCCUGGCUGAUUGUUAGCCCUGUUGUACUCUGUGUUAGUGAUCGCUGCCUUUAAUCUAAUCUGUGGGAAUAAUAAUAUAAAAUAAUAAUAAAGUGGAAAUAUUUUAAAACAACCCAAUAACAUCGUAUCAAAGUGUGGCCACGCUCUUCUAGAACCUGGUAGCUCUCGCUAAUUUAAGAAAAAGAAGUUUAAAAAGAAACAGCACCCAAACAUGUGAAGUUAUUCACUAGGAGAUCAUGCAAACCCCAGAUCAUCCACGUUUAUUCCUUUGGGAAACUGGGCUCUAUAGAGCCUUCCAUGCAGUCCGAGGAUUUACGCUGGGGUGGGAGUAACUUCCGGGGUCCCUCAGUGAGCUGCAGCUCUCUCUUCCUUGUGCACCUCGAAUGAGGAGCCAGUCUUCUCGCAGGAGAAACGAGAUGUCCUCGCUGAGAUUCCCAGGCGGACUGCCGCUGAGGGAUUCCUCACUGUUCUCUGCAAGACGUGAAGGAGCUGGGCUGGUUCUUGAGGUCAUUUCUGUUGCUUUCUACUGUCGAAUUGAGUAACACCACAUGGAGAGUUUAUUGGAAUGUUUGCGAAACACGAAAUAACCGUUUUGUAACUUAUGCUGUAUAGUUUCCUUUUCCUCUGUUGACCGAAUGUGUAACUAUGACACACAUUUAAAAACUUCUGUUAAUCACCUUUCUGCUUUCUUAGCAAAUAUUUUAAACCUAAAGUUAAAUGUUGAAAUAAAGGAGUCGAGAAUCA